AGUCUAAACAAAGCUUCAUCAAGCCGUAUCUUAUCUCCCUCCUUCCCUUCUCCCGCUUGUCUCUUUAACGCAUCUCUCGCUCCCAUUCCUCUCUCCCUCCCUCUCUCUCUCUCUUCAAUGGCCGCGAACCACUCUUGUGCUUGACGACGCUUCCAAUCAACACAAGUGUUGGGAAAUUCUGUAUAAGAAGCUGCAAUGUAUGCAAGGAGAAUACAGUGUAGAAAUCAGAUAUGGGGAGUGUUGUUGCCGUCGAAAUACGUAACGAGGACAUACUCUGUCGAACGGGGUUCUUCUCAAUCUUUGAUCUGUAGAACAGUUUUAGGAAAUAAAUUUGCUCAUGGUAGUUUAGGCAGAAGGAAUUUCUUACAUUCGUUUUCUUCUAGAAGUGUUGCCUCUGCUGUUUGUUAUACUGAUUUAGAUGUGAAGUCGAAUCCGUGUUUAAAGUCUAUCCAGUUCCGAGCUUAUAGCUCUGAAGGCGAUGGCAGAAAUGCUAGUGAGGAUAAACUUGCACCUGUUAAAGAUGGGGCUGGUUUUGUUAAAGGAAAGACCUUGCGAGAAACGGCUGAGGAAGAUAUUAGGAAUUGUGAUGCUCAUGCUCGGCUCGGGGAGCAAGAUCAAAAAGAAUGGCUCAUUAAUGAGAAGAUUUCAAUGGAGAGUCGCAAAAAGGAUUCACCUUUCUUGACCAGACGUGAUAAGUUCAAAAAUGAGUUCCUACGGAGGGUUAUUCCAUGGGAGAAGAUAACAGUUUCAUGGGAUACAUUACCUUACUAUAUUCAUGAACAUACCAAAAAGCUUUUGGUGGAAUGUGCUGCUUCUCAUUUGAAACACAAAAAAGUCACUUCAUCUUAUGGUGCUCGCUUGGCAUCUUCAAGUGGCAGAAUUCUGCUCCAGAGUGCACCAGGCACUGAGCUUUACCGCGAGAGACUAGUUAGAGCGCUUGCGCAAGAUUUACAAGUUCCUUUACUGGUGCUUGACAGCAGUGUUCUUGCUCCUUAUGAUUUUGGUGAUGAUUGCCAAUCAGAGAGCGAAUCAGAUGAUGAUAGUGCAGAACGUGGGGAGGACUAUACUUCGGAGUCGGAGGUGGAGGACGAAAAUGAAGAAGAUUGGACUAGUAGUAAUGAGGCAAAGUCAGACGGUACUGAUAAUGAUGAAGUAGCAACUACUGAAGCAGCCAUCCGAAAGCAUGUUUCACAGUGUCCUGAGGAUUUUGCAAAGAUGGUGUGUGGAGAAUCUGAUAAUUCGACUGAAUCCUCCAAUGUCGAGGCUGUUGAGUCUUCAAAAUCCCAACAGCCACUGAAGAGAGGUGAUCGUGUGAAAUAUGUUGGAUCUUCCACACAUAGUGAAGCUGAUAAGAGGAUCAUAUUGGGGAAGAUAUCAACAUCUGAUGGUCCAACAAAUGCUUAUACUAUUAUUCGUGGCAGGAAGUUGCAGAAGGGCCAACGCGGGGAGAUUUAUGAGGUGAGUGGCGAUCAAGCUGCUAUUAUUUUUGAUAUCGCUGAAAGCAAAGCAAAUGAUGCAAGUAAGGAGGAUAAAGAAACGGAGCAACCUGCAAAGCCACCUGUUUAUUGGAUGAAUGUUAAGGAUAUUGAGCGUGAUUUUGAUACCCAAGCUGAGGAUUGUUAUGUUGCAAUGGAGGCACUUAGUGAGGUAUUGCAUGCACUGCAACCUCUUAUUGUAUAUUUUCCAGACUCUUCUCAAUGGUUAUCUAGGGCAGUUCCAAAGUCAAAUCGUAAGGAAUUUGUCCAGAAGGUUGAAGAUAUAUUUAACCAGAUAUCAGGUCCUGUUGUUCUGAUUUGUGGGCAGAACAAAGUUGAAUCUGGAGCAAAGGAGAAAGAGAAAUUUACAAUGAUACUUCCAAAUUUUGGUCGUCUUGCUAAGCUGCCUCUAUCUUUGAAACGUCUUACUGAGGGGCUAAAGGCAACAAAGAGAUCAGAUGAAAACGAAAUAUAUAAGCUCUUCACAAAUACUUUGAGUAUAUAUCCUCCCAAGGAAGAGGAUCACCUUCGAACAUUCUGUAAACAGGUAGAGGAAGAUAGGAGAGUUAUCAUAUCAAGGAGUAAUUUAAAUGAAUUACACAAGGUUCUUGAGGAGCAUGAGCUGUCUUGCAUGGACUUAUUGCAUGUAAACACUGACGGUGUGAUUUUAACAAAGCAAAAAGCUGAGAAAGUUGUUGGUUGGGCUAAAAAUCAUUACUUGUCAUCUUGCCCGCUCCCUUCCACAAAAGGGGAAAGACUACAUAUUCCUCGUGAAAGCAUUGAAAUUGCAAUUCUGAGGAUGAAGGAGCAGGAGGCUAUAUCUCGAAAGCCGUCACAGACAUUGAAGAAUCUUGCGAAGGAUGAGUACGAGACCAACUUUGUUUCAGCAGUGGUACCUCCUGGUGAAAUUGGUGUUAAGUUCGAUGACAUAGGUGCUCUUGAAGAUGUGAAGAAGGCAUUGCAAGAACUUGUUAUUCUUCCAAUGAAGAGACCAGAACUUUUUUCUCAAGGGAACUUGUUGCGGCCUUGCAAAGGAAUUCUACUUUUUGGUCCUCCUGGAACUGGAAAAACCCUUCUUGCUAAGGCACUUGCAACUGAAGCUGGAGCUAACUUUAUCAGUAUAACUGGUUCAACACUUACAUCAAAGUGGUUCGGUGAUGCUGAAAAGUUGACGAAAGCUCUCUUCUCCUUCGCCAGCAAGCUUGCUCCUGUCAUUAUAUUUGUUGAUGAGGUGGACAGUUUGCUUGGUGCUCGUGGUGGUGCUUUUGAGCAUGAGGCAACCAGAAGAAUGAGAAAUGAGUUUAUGGCUGCAUGGGAUGGAUUGAGGUCAAAAGAUAGCCAAAGAAUCCUCAUACUGGGGGCAACAAAUCGACCUUUUGACCUUGAUGAUGCUGUAAUUCGUCGAUUACCAAGAAGGAUAUAUGUAGACUUACCGGAUGCUGAAAACCGUUUAAAGAUUUUGAGGAUAUUUCUUUCACAAGAGAAUUUAGAACCUGGUUUUGAGUUUGAUAAACUAGCUUCUGCAACUGAGGGAUACUCUGGGAGUGAUUUGAAGAACCUCUGCAUCGCUGCUGCAUAUAGACCUGUGCAAGAACUUCUAGAGGAAGAAAAGAAGGAAAGCAAAAAUGGUACGGCACCAAACUUAAGGCGUCUCAAUCUGGAUGAUUUUAUUCAGUCAAAAGCCAAGGUUGGGCCUUCAGUUGCAUAUGAUGCUACGAGCAUGAAUGAACUUAGAAAAUGGAAUGAACAAUAUGGUGAAGGUGGAAGCAGGCAAAAAUCACCAUUCGGCUUUGGCGACUAAAUUAAUGUUCUUGGGAGUUUUUUUUUUAGAAUAAUUUAUUAAUUGGGUAAAAUAACCGAUGAUAAGGUGGGUUGGGUUGGCAUAUGUAUUCUUAGAGAUCAAAUAUUUUCUUCUUUCAUCCUUUUUGGACGGGUGAAAAAGCUAAGGCCUACUUGGAAAAUUCCUUGUAAUGUUAAUGUAGGUGCUCUUAUUGAAAAAAUUUCCCCUUUUGUUGUUA